AUGCAUGCGCGGAGAGAAGAGUAUACAAAAUUUAUCAAUCUCGCGGGCGAGAAUUUCGCAGCAAAAUUCAAUGAUGGUUCAUGUCCGAAAGUCAGCAUUACGAAGAUCACUUUCGACGGCGAGGUUGGCUCGGGUAGCUUUGGAGAAAUUUACAAAGUUAGAAUACAAGGACAAGUUUACGCAGCCAAGGCUCAGCCAUGGGACAUUGUGGAGCUCUCGCUUUUCGAGAAGAACCUGCUCCGGGCGAUGAGUCAUCCCUGCAUAAUCCAAAUUCAUUUCACGAGUAAAGACGUUGAUAAAACCUUCUUGAUUCUCGAUUUUUCCCCUUUCGGCGAUCUCGGGAGGGCUAUGAAAGACCAGAUGGGCGUGAAGAAGGAUAUGCCAGAGGAUAUCUGCAAGAAAUAUGUGGCGCAAGCGAUUCUCGCGCUCGAAUAUGUUCACGCUUGCAACAUUAUCCAUCACGACGUGAAGCCCGAAAAUUUUCUGAUCUUCCCUAAAGGUCGCCUGAAGCUCAGCGAUUUCGGUGUUUCGAGAUUCGCUAGGCCGAACAUGACGUUUGUCACUGGGAGCAUAAAUUACAUAUCGCCAGAGAUGUACAGAAGAAUACCUCACAAUGAAGCGGUUGAUUGGUGGGCCCUGGGCGUAAUGAUGUACUACAUGCUGGUGUCGCAAUAUCCCUUCCCCGGGGUCCCAUUCAGCCGCGGAGACACAGAUGAGCAAGUAGCGGAAAAAAUUCAAGAGGCUUUCCGCCAUCCGAAAUAUUGCUCCCUGACUGAAGACGCGAAAGAUUUCUUGACCAAAAUACUGGAGAGAGACCAUACGAAGAGGCUCGGUAUCUUCAAGGACGGCAGUCGGGACGUGAAGUACCACGCGUGGUUCGGAGACAUUGAUUACUGUCGCAUAUACUUCGACCCCGAUUUCACGAUACUUGAAGAAGACCGCUUGCCACCCCCGAUCACGACGACGCAUGUUGUUGUAUUCAGGAUACCACCGAGCAGUGAGCGUCUUGCAGACCCGGAUUUCUUCGAAUUCUGA